GGCCGCGGGGCGCCUGGCGGGUGACGCGGGGCGGAGGAUGGUGGUGGUGUCGGGUCCGUGUGCGCGGCGCGCGGCCAUCGGCUGCCUGGGGGUCGCGCGGCGGAGCGCGCUCCAGGCCCCCGGCGGCCGCUGAGUGCAUUACCUUCGGGAAAUGGCCUCUUCUAAGUCUUUGAUGAACCUUCUGAUCUUCAGUUUUGGAUCCGCGAUAGGGUUUUUCCUGUGCUAUCUCCUGUUUAGCAUGAUACUAGAAGAACAGGUUGAGAUCCAGCCUCAUAUUCUUCACAAUGAUCCUCAUGGUCAGCACUCAGAAGAUACUGAUAACAAUCAGCUGCAAGGACAAAUGAAUUUCAAUGCGGACUCUGGACAGCAUAGAGAUGAGAAUAAAAACGUUGCAGAUGAACUCUAUCAGAAGGUGAAAAUACUUUGUUGGGUCAUGACUGGACCGCAAAAUCUAGAGAAGAAAGCCAGACAUGUUAAAGCCACCUGGGCCCAACGCUGCAAUAAAAUACUUUUUAUGAGCUCUGAGGAAAAUAAAGACUUCCCGACAGUGGGCCUAGAAACCAAAGAAGGCAGGGACCAACUUUACUGGAAGACUAUAAAAGCUUUUCAAUAUGUUUAUGACCAUUAUUUUGAUGAAGCUGAUUGGUUCAUGAAAGCAGAUGAUGAUACGUAUGUUAUAUUGGACAAUUUAAGAUGGCUCCUUUCAAAAUACAGUCCUGAACAGCCAAUAUACUUCGGAAGAAGGUUUAAGCCUUAUGUGAAACAAGGCUACAUGAGUGGAGGAGCGGGGUAUGUUCUGAGUAAAGAAGCUCUGAAAAGAUUUGUUACUGCUUUUAAAACCAACAAAUGCUCUCAUAGUUCCUCUAUUGAAGACCUAGCACUAGGAAAGUGCAUGGAGAUCAUUAAUGUACAAGCAGGAGAUUCUAGGGAUACAAAUGGUAGGGAAACCUUUCAUCCCUUUGUUCCAGAACAUCUCUUAAUCAGAGGAUACCUACCAAAAACUUUCUGGUACUGGAAUUACAAUUAUUACCCUGCUGUAGAGGGCCCUGGAUGCUGCUCUGACCUUGCGGUUUCAUUUCACUACGUUGAUUCCAUGACGAUGUAUCACUUGGAGUAUUUGGUUUAUCAUCUCCGUCCAUAUGGCUAUUCGUAUCGGUACAGUCCUGAUUCGGCAAAGAGCCUGGAGGAGCAGAACAAAAACGAAGCACAAGAGGAUAAUCCAAAGCUAAAGCAAAAAACUUCGGAGAAUUAAUUGGACUUUGAAGGAAACUGAAAGAAGGCAGUACGGUGAAUAAGAGUCUUCUCAAACUCCUGCAUGAAGCUUGUGGACUAGGACUAUUGGUGGUGAUUCUUAGGUUGGCAGUACUACCAGUCAGUGUCUGUGCACAGAAGAGUCCAGUGUAGGCUCUGGCUGUUUGGGAUAGUGUGAUUGCAGCCCUACUCAUGAAGGUAGCAGGCCCUAGAACUGUGAAAUGGGAGAAGGUUCUGGUAUGCCUAGAAGAACUCGUGUUUAAAAGCAUAGUGGACAGAUUCAAAGAUAAUCGUACAGUAUUUCUUUUUUCCCUUCCAAACGUUCUGUUAGGUGAGUUCUUAUGCUCGAAAUCUGACGUAACACAAACGCUUCAUGUUUUUCUCCAGUAUUCUCAGUAUUCUGAAGUUACUGUGUGCAUGUUGCCCUAUAAGGAAGUGAGAAGGGUAAAUAAUAGAGCCUCAUAUCUGCUUUGCCUUAAUGACAGCCUGGUUGAUAAGAACAGAGACACACCUCAGCGAUCAAUGUCUUCGUUAUCUCAGAAAUUGAAUUCACCGCUAUGGAUUAUUUACAGUUCUUUACUGUAAGUCUCUGUAGGCACAGAACAAUCUGAAGUUACAUCACUACUGUCUUAGGGAGAAACCCGGGGGUAGUUCCUAUUGGUCACAUUACUGAGUGAUGUGAGGAGACUGCGUUUGUCCACGGCUUUUUGUUUUAAUUUAAAUCAAGUUGCCACUUGCUUAAAAGGAUAUGUAAAUUCAUCUCAGAACUCAGUAAGAGAAAGAUGCUUUUUCAUAUGAAGGCUCUCCCCCUCCGUUGCACUUCCUCUGUAAAUCAGGAAGGUUGGUAUGUUAGCAAGGUUAUGGUGGUAUAAAAUAACUCGGAUUCAGAUGGUGUUUAUUAGUUUCUAUUCAGUUUUCCCAUUCCCGUUCUUGGAGAAUGCGAAGCUCCCUUAUUCAUAGGAUUUUACAGGUACAAACACGUACUGUUAUAGAACAGCAUCAAAGCUCAUUUGACUGCUUGGCUUAAAGGACUUCAUUUCCCUUUCCUGAACUUCUCCUCCAUUCUUGAAGUUUCUUCUGCAUCCGUUUCUCGUUGCUUUGUUCAGAACAAAGUGUCAGAUGAUCCCCGUGUCUCUCUGCUGAAGCUGAAGUAUAUUCAGGUAACGCAGCCUGAAUGCAGCUGUCUUUCAAAGUGCAUUAAUCUCUCCACUACUUUCUGAGUAUCUGCCUCAUAAGUGACAACACUUUUCUUGGUGUGGAACAAAACAGUUUUAAUUGCUGAAGUGUUUUCAGAAGUUGAGUCUGUUUUACAUAUACAAGAACACAAAACUUUGUGGUUUUCACUUCUUCAAAUUCAGUUAAUAGAGCAGUUCAGGGGAUGGGGCUAAGCUUGACAUGCCUUUAUUCCACACUUGAACAACAUUUCCUUUUAGCUUUUUCACCUUCAUCAUAUUGAUGAAUUUGGACAUAACCUGAUUACCUCCAGUCACUGCUUUGGAAAGGGCACAUAGCGAUAGCAGGCAGCCUUAUAUACUACUGCUGUCCUUCAGGGUGUUCCUGGGUGAGGGAUGUUACUGUAAAGUACUGGAAUCUGUGUUCCCCAAAGACAGUUGUGGCACAGAUUGGGGUUCUGCCUGUGGUCCAGUUGUGAGGUCAUGGCUGCUUUUCUGAUGGUUACUCCGCAGCAUAACGGCGAUUACUGAAACACAUGGAACCGAAACGCUGUAUGUGGUGUCUCUGCCUGAAUAUAGGUUAGGUUCGUAUGUUCAACCUGUUAUCUUUCAUGAGAAAGAUUCUCCAAAAUACUGAAAGAGAUGAGCUUUAUUUUAUGUUGACUGACUUAAGUAGAAAGUUAUAACUGUAUUUGGUUAGAAAAAGGAAGAAGCCUCCAGUUUGCUCAUUCACAGAAUGCCUGAUAGCUUCUUUCACUGAGAUGCUUCCUACUGCCAGCUAAAGGUGUAUCCCACAUGCCAUGCAAACAAUAAGACUGUAAGAUCCAAUGUGCUGUUGGUAAGGCUGGUGGCACUGUUCAAACCUGCGAUAGAAGUUCUGCACUACGCCAGGAAACUGUAGAACGAACCCAAGAUCCCAGCACUGAUCUCUUUGCCUUUCCUCUGGGGCACUAUGAUGGUCGUCUGCUCCCCAGCUGUGGCCUGUGGGCUUAGCAGAGCAGGGCAGGGCCUGGGGUGGAGUGGAGAAAUAGAGGUGAGCAGCACGUAUCUGCUAGUUCCAUUUCUUUAGGGAGCGAGGCUGACAACGCACUGCCUUGUGACAAGUAGGCGGCCUAUCUGGUGAAGUAAGAGCAGCCUUCUCUUGCGGUGCUCGCUCUUGCUUUGCUUUAAAGUGUUCUGCUCUCAGGCCUCUGAUAUUAUUUCUUAUGCCUUUCUGGCAGUACUGCAAAGAAAUACAAAUGUUGUUUUCCUGUCGGUAUCCAAAUAGGCUCGAAAAAGUAUUGAUCUUACAUUGCUCUCUGUUAAUUGUAAUGCAGCGGUGAGCUGAUACCUCCUGAAAUGAGCAGUUUACAUCUCAUUCUUCAAAAGCUUAGAUGGGCAAGGCUGGAAUUUGAGCAUAUACUAAGGUAUUUUCACAUGCCAUCUUACAGAACCAUUGGCUGGUUAUGAUUUCACUCUCAGGUCUUCACGCUUUGUCAGAGUAUUUACUGAGUGUCCCUGUUACCCCAGUGGGCUCCUUCAGUGGAGGAUUCACCCUCCUGAAGCACAGAAGCGCGAGUUUCUUUGGCUCUUUGUGCUCUCGCUCUCAGAUCUUUUGAUAUUAUGAAACACAGAAACUUCCUUUGGUCUGGUUGUGAUUCAGAUGGUGCAUCUAACGUUUAUGAACUGGUUUUCUUGGAAUUAGGAAGCAGCAGGCUUUUCUUAAACAGUUGUUUGCUCCCUGGAUAUGGGAACGUUCCUUAGUGUAAGGCAGUAACAUAUUAACCCUGCAUUAAGUGUUUUAGCUCAGAGGGAAUGAGAGUGCCAAGCAAAGUUCCUAAUUGGAGGACAGUGUUACAUUUGGCUUGCAGAAAAAGACCAGAUUUAAUCUUUCACUUUGAGUUCAUUCGUGCAGUCCUUAUUGGACUUAGUGAAGGCGUUGGGCUGUGUGGCGGUAGCGCAGCCUCUCGUCUUGUGGGAAGUCUUUCCCCAACGUCUUUUGCCUGUAGGGACACUGUCUUUGUUUUGCUCUGAUGGGGUUAUGUAUUAAAAUCACUUUUCUUUACGUAUGUCUGUUUGUUCUGUUUCUGUUUCCAGAGUGUUCAUGUCAGUGAGCAGCUGGCACACCUGUGGUGCACAGUUUGCUAUCCCAGAUGGGCAUUUGCCUUUGUACAACUAAGAAAGAUGUGGGUUAUUUCUCUGCUGUCCUGCUACUGCUGCCAAUAGUGCGCAUGCAGACGGACACGGACCCUUCAGUACAGCACAACGAGGGAAGGCUGCUUUGUCCUUUUUCUGACCAGAAAAACUUCUGUGGGAUUCCAAAGGUGUAAUUUGCUUUAGUUUACCAGACUGUAUUUAAAAUGUUGUUAAUGCUCUUAAAAACAUAAGGAAAUAAAAUGAAUAUUGCUGCUGGACAGUAUAUUCCACUUAUAACUCGUGAAUGUUUCAUUUUGCAGUUAGAGGCUGUUGUGUCCCUACCGACAGGUGUCAGUUGGUGACUUGUCUGAUCACCAUUACGAUUUGUUUCUGGAAUACCUUCUUUGAAGUGCCUUUGACCAAUUUUUAGCAUCGAAAUUAAGCUCAGAAUUGAAUAAAUGAAAUAAGUUAUCUCACAUAA